AGUGUACUGUAUUGGGGCCAGGCCGUGCACAUCUUUUUGGUAGUCGAGCUACAGAUAUAACAUCUUAGACCUGGCGUGCCCUCAUUUCAGACACUGACUACAACAGUCGUUCACAGAAUUCUGCCAUGUCUACGCUUACGUCGAUCCUGACUCGGGCACUCACGCAGAGCGAAGCCCUUCAACGGCAACUCGAAGCCAGCAAUCAAACUAUUGAACGACUCGAACGCGAAAACGACAAGCUCAAGCAUGAGGUCCAGGACUUGCGUCAGGCCCAUACCGAGAAGCAAAAGGAUGCUCCAGAGCUUGCAGUCCAGCUGGACCAUCUAUUCCGUAAAGACGCAGAGAAGCAAGCAGAGAUUGACAGCUUGAAGAAGCAGCUCCGCAAGGAAAGAAGACGCCGCUCACGGAACCCACAUCUUUCGUCUCCCAUUGUGCCGGGCGAUGAGCAAGCCCCCAGAAAUCCCAGUCGAAAGCGACAAAGAGCCAACAGUCCUGAGAAGAUAGAGCCACUGCAGGGGAUCGGGACCAAUGUGUCUUCAGGAAGUCGUGUCUCCCGAACGUCCAAACCCAAGGGAUUGCACGAGCGAGGGGCGGAAGCGAUCUCGUCUCUUGCGGAAGAUGGCAUUGAUUACAAUCGAGAUGACAUAGAGGAUCCACCAAAAAAGCGUGUCCAUACACCGAGUCUGCCCAGAAAGCGCUUGGAUGCAUUGCUGACAACAUCCACGCCCACUCCCGUUGUACCACCUCAUCCCGCUUCCGCCAGGAAAGCACCUGUCACCAAAAAGGCAUCCGAGAAGAGUGGGCCACUCCGUUCCCGGCCUGUCCUUCAGCUUGAUCUUUCCCACUUCAAAGUCAACCCAAAAUACGCAGAAGGUCUUGAUUAUGCAUUCCAAGAUGUUGUCCGUAACAAGGAAGCAAGGAAGUGUCUGCCCAACUGCACGCGGCCGGGGUGUUGUAGUGCCACGUUCAGAGUUUUGGCGGAGACGCUGCCCCUUGAUCCGAACGUCUCGGAAGACGACCUGUUGCGUGGAUUUCUGGGGCCUGAGUCAGCGGAAAAAAUACGCUCUCUAACACCUCUGACAAGAGCAAAUCUAGUGCAUGAGGCACGAGCAAAUUUACUUGCCAAAGAGUAUGGGAGAAUGCACAGGGCAAAUUUUGCGCCCCCAUCUACCCCCCCAGGAUUUUGGGACGUGGACAUUCCAUCCACGCAAGAGCAAAAGGAGAACCAGGAGCGAGCACGGGAGAGGCAGAGGGACGAGGUCGGAAGGCGGUAUCAAGAGGCGAUCAAGGGUGGACGCUGGCUGUUUGCCGAUGAGUGAUCCACGACUUGUUGUGAAGUAGGAUACUGCCGUGGGCCUGGACCACAUCGAAGCCCGCCUGAACAUGGACACGAAAUCACCUCCAGGUUACGGAGGACGACGUCUUGUGACAAGGGACGAGUCGCCCUACCCAGGUACCGCUACCUCUGAGUCUCCCAGGGACAAGGUCGUGCGGUCGGCGCCAUCGAUUUGUGUCAUCGGAUCGUUAGGGUCGUCGGGAUCGUCGAAGAGGCGAUGAGGGACAAUAUGGCUUUCAAUGGGCGUCUG